GGAAAAAUUAAUUCCAAUUCCUAAUCCUCGGACUAUAGAGGAUAAAGCAACACAAACUCUGAGCAGAGACCUGGUGUGGAGACACAGAAGCGAUCAUGGAGAGCACCCCGAGAUGUCCCUUCAUCCUCUCGCUCAUCACACUUAUGUUGGCGUCAGGUGUAGUGAUGCCAGUCGUUUCUAUGGAUCUGGUGGACGGCACGCUGGGACGUUCAGUGCACUUCGUUAUACCCGUGGCCUUGCCCUCUCAGUACAGAAUAGACUGGAAUUGUGGGCACGCUGGAAAGGUUAUUGUUAUUGCGAGGCUGACACAUGGGGGAUCUCCGCAGUACAAUCCUAUUUAUGGGGGGAGAAGUGAAAUGCUCGGAAACGGCACGUUGAGGCUGGAUAACAUCUCGUCUGAGGAUGUGGGCACAUACAAAGUGAAGGUAUUCAAUCCCGAAACAUUCACCUCCUAUAUCCACCGCUAUCAGCUGAACGUCUAUGCCACACUCACCGCCCCGGUUCUCCGCUCCAUUGAUGCCAACAGACUCAUUAUUAGUGGCACUGAUAUGACCCUCCAUUGUGACGCCGGGGACCAGACUGUGACUACUUACACCUUCUACCGUGGUCAGAAGAUGAUCUGUUCUGAGCCCCAUGUCACCUGCAGGGGAUCAUCCUUGAACCUCACUCCGAUAUCUGGGGAUGACAGUGGAUCCUACACCUGCCGCAUCGAGAACCCGGUCAGCUCCUACACCAGCGACCCCAUCCCUGUGACCGUAUCAGCUCAGGGUUCAGCCAUUGCCUUCUCCUGGAGCCUGGAUGGAAAACCAGUGUCCUCAAAGCCUCCAUAUUACAUUACUGAGAGCGAUUCUCCUCCGUACUCCAGUUUGACCAUCAGCCCGGUCUCCAGGAACGACAUUGGACCCUUCACCUGUACAGCAUCCAACUUGCUGAAUAGCGAGACCAGCAAUGAACUUAACCUCAGUCUGAAUUGUGAGUAA